AAACUAAACUGUGUAAACAUCUUUCAAGAAUCUUUUAGUUGUUAAAAAAUAACAAGAAGUUUAAAAAGAGUACAAGUUUUUAAGUGCUGAAUUUGGAUAUCAGAAGAUUUAAAGUUAUUGCGACUCAAAAAUUGAGUUAAAUAAUAAUUUGAAGAACAGAUUAUUUGAAAUUUGAAAAUUUUCGGUUAUAGGGAGCUUAGGGAAUUCAGUCGAAAAUUGGAAAUUGCACAAUGGUUGUAGGCGUCUUUCCACUGGCUAAACUAGCUUUACUUGCCAUUAAGCACAUUAGUAAGCCCAUUGGCAAUCUGAUCAAGCAAACGGCCAAAAAGAAUAAGUCAUUCAAAACCCUGGUGGUUGCUCCUCCGGCGAGAUUAUACCACGUUAUUGAUGUGCGCUCCAAGAUGUGGAUGCUGGGACUUGGCCAACCUCGUCUAAUUCCUCCCCUCACUGACGCAAUGACUAUCCAAAUGGGUGGCGAUAUCCUGGGCGAAAUGGUCAUCUUCAUUAUUGGCGCCACGCUGAUUGUCGGGGAGUUCAAAAGGCAAGCCAAGAAUGACAGGUUGAAGCACGAAAAACACAAGAUGCAUCGGGAGAAGCUGGAGGAAAGAAUUGGUGACCUCACCAACAAGGUCACCCGCCAGACCAAGGAAAUCAAUCAGCUGAGGAGCAAGCUGGGAAGCAGGGAAACCUAUACGGAAACCUAUACGGCAUAUAGCAAUACAGGGGAUUUGGAAUGUAACUGAAUUGGC